AUCAACUGCUUUAUUGAUGGUGGUCGAAUGCCAUCCGCAAAUGAUUUACCAAAUGCUAAACCUAUGAUUACAAACAAUCUCACAGAGCAAAUGAAUAAGUCAGUUGAAGAACGUCUUUAUGUUAUACUUCACUCAGUAAAACCUGCGGUUGAAGGAUCAGAUACAUACUUUUAUAUAAAAAAGGGAAAUAGCGAAUUUAGAUCUCCAUAUACUAUGCGAAGAAUUAGUAUUGAUGACAAAUCAAGCAAAUUACUUCAGCCAAUGUUAAAUGAACUUGCAUCUAAACACCCU